CAGGGUGAACAUGUCUGGCUGGACAAUACUGGUGGAGGAGAGUUUGAUGUGCCCAUUGGAGCAUUGGUCAAAUUGGCUGACUCGGGGCAGAUUCAAGUUGUUGACGAUGAAGGAAAGGUAUUUAACCCUGGCAAUUGUCCCCAUGGACCUGUUCAGUUGUCAAGUGAUAUUAAAAAUUGUACUCCAUUGCUUAUAUCUCUUUCUGUGAAGAGACACUCAAAUCAAGAUCUACUCAGUUUCUUGUCAAAUGUCAUGUAAAUGUGAUUAACUGGUUUUAUAACAUUUAAGAAAUCUUAUUUCUUGCUGUUUGUUCCACUGUUUAACAGGCUAUGUUGUAGCAAAAUAACUAAACUUAAGAAUAUCUCAUGUUAUUUUACACAUUUUCCAGGAUUCCUCACAGAUGCCAUACACACCAAUCAAAUUGACCAGUAAUAUUAUUUGUAUCUGCUUUAGGAGCAUUGGAUCCAAUCUUCAUUGGCUAACAAACUUAGAAUUAUGCAUCCAACAAGUGUAAAUGGAGUUGAUGACAUGGUAUGUACAAUUUUUUCAUUUAACUAGUUCAAAAGACAAUAUACAUAUAAGAUGUGGUCCUCCAUCAAUAAUGAGAUAAUCUGUAAGUGUUCUAAUCUUUGACUUUGGUUGUGUUCCAAAUUAUGAUAUGAAUCCAGUUUAUUACAUGAGUCUGAAGUUCAUUUGAAACUCAGAAACUGAGACACAAAUUUUGAUAAACCCUCCACUAACUUAUUUUGAAACAUUUUUUGUGCUUGUCAACUCCCAUGUAAAUAAACCCUUUCAAAAAACCUCUGCAUAGCUGUGUAAGGGAAGGGCUCUUUUUCUACUUCUGAGGGCUGGAUUUGACAGAACAAAAUAUUUCUGGGUGUCACCUUAGUUUGAAUACUUUCAUUGUAACAGUUAAAGCAUGUGUAAGGUUGCACAUGUACAGUUGUAGCUGUCAAAUCAGUCAAUUAAUUAUGCAGCUGAGUUUUCCUUACUCCACUUAUGAACUAUAGAUACAACUUGGAGAUCUUAAUGAGGCAGGAAUCCUUCACAACCUUUUCAUUAGAUACUACAAUCACCAGAUUUAUGUAAGUCAACUUUGCUUCGAUUCAUAUUGAUCACAGGAAUACAAUGUCUGUUAAAAGGAAUUUUUGUUGUGACAUUUAAGGGUAUUUCAAGAGCGUCAUCAAUUUUAGUUGACAGAUCUUCUUGAUUAAGUUACCACCUGGUCAUUUAAAUAAAUGUGCAGAACCCAGACUCAAAUGUCUCAAAACUCAACUCAAGCCUCCAUCCUCAAACUUUUUGAGAAUUGAGGAGUCAAAGAUCAGGAAUCCAGGUUUAAGAAAUGAGGAGUGAGAAUUGAGGAACAAGAAUCAAGGAUCAAGAAUUAAGGAUUGAGGAUUAAGGAUUGAGGAUUAAGGAUUGAGGAUUAAGUUUUGAGGGACUGUUGACAUACUUUUGAGCAGUACAGCACACAUAUUGUACUAUAUGUCCUGCUUUAAUUAAAUUUAUUCUGUUAAAAUAUUUCUACCAAUAACACAAUUGCCAUUUGAUAGGAUACUAUCUUUCCAUGAACAGUCAUGUUACUGUACUGAUGUUACAACUUCAAUUUUUCAAGGUGUAAUGACCUAUGACCUGCAUGUUGUUACUUUUCAGACCUUCACUGGAUCCAUUUUAGUUGCUGUUAAUCCAUAUCAGCUUUACUCUAUAUAUGAUGCUGAUCAUGUUAAGAAGUACAAGAAUAGGAAGUUAGGUGAUCUUCCUCCUCACAUCUUUGCUGUGGCAGACAAUGCAUAUUCUCAUAUGAAGAGAGAAGCUCAUGAUCAGUGUGUCAUUAUUAGGUACUGUAAAAAUGAAACAAUAACAUCAACAAAAACAAACUACACAACAGUUACAUAUAGAAGACAGUUGUGACUAUAAAUAUUAAUUAGAUUAUGUUAAAUCAUGAAAUAUCCUAACUGCUUGCAGUCACAAAUUAGCAGGAUACAGAUAAGAUAUAAUUAUUUGUAAACUUAGGCAAAUUCCUUAAUAAAUGAUUAAUUGUUAUCAGUGAAUAAUAUUUAUACAUGUAUACUAGUCAUUAUAGUUUGUAUGAUAAUUAUUAGCCUAAAUGUAAUCUAAAAGAGCUAUUUGAUUUAAAAUUUCCUCUGUAUGUUAAAGCUUUGAGCUGAUUGUUUUGUAGCGGUGAGAGUGGAGCUGGCAAGACAGAGUCAACUAAACUCAUUCUUCAGUUUCUUGCUGCUGUCAGUGGGCAACACUCGUGGAUUGAACAACAAAUUUUGGAGGCCAAUCCAGUUUUAGAAGGUGCAUACUGUAUAUACUGCAUAAGCAAUACCCUCCAUUUGGUGUGACAAUAUGAAUGGGAUAUGUUCAUGGACAUUGUCUGUCCCAAGAAGCAAACAGUUUUUCAACAGCAAAGCUUGAGGUCAAGGUUAGAAAGUGCCAGGUUGGGGUGGGGGGAGGGGUUUUUUUUCAUGCUAUUAAGAGACAGGAUACAGUUACACACUCAUUCACAUACACCAUCUAGUAUUCCUUAAAAUGGUUAAUUUGUUGACUACCAAUGAAAAUAUUGCUCUACAUUCUGUUUAUUAUGAUGGUCUUUGUUUAAUUUAGCUUUUGGUAAUGCCAAGACAGUACGGAAUGAUAAUUCUAGCAGGUUUGGUAAAUAUAUUGAUGUCCAUUUCAACAAGACUGGACAAAUUGAAGGAGCCAAGAUUGACCAAUACCUUUUGGAGAAAUCGAGACUUGUCAGCCAAGUAAGUAUAUAAAAUUGUAGAUGGAAAAAAAAAAUGGAAUUAAAGUGUCUGUGGAUUUACAUUUUGUACAAAACACUUUUAACUGUCAUGAUGUAAGUAUGCUCUAAAUAUGUCUAUGAUUUAAAAAUCAGUUAUAACUCUUUAAUUAUUUUCACAUAAUUUAUGAUUAAACAUUGAUUGUUCUUCUAGAAUGCAUUCUGUACACUAGACUGCUUGUACCAGAAUCAAAUGUUACUUCAAAUACAUUUUUGAGUCACUAAUUGUAUUCUUACUUUUCCUUGUUGUUGACAUACCCAUUUGAUAUAUUAGAAUUACUAUAUAAAAAAUCUGAUUGAUCAAGAGCAUCUAAUCAAUAUACAAUACCUUGUAAAUAAAAAAUAGUAUCUACAGUGGAUAUUACAUUUAUCAUAAUGAGUUCAAAGUCUGCCUUGUUUACAAGCCCCUUGUCUUUGAAGUGUUUUCACACUUUUGCAACCUCAGAUUUAUUUUUUGCUGACUGUUUGAAAAAUAUAAAAUAGAAUGAUUACUAAUGUCUUAUAAUGAAAAGAUAAAAAUAAAUUUAUAAAUUAACACAAUACAUUUCUUAAUCUCUGGUGGCUGGUGUGUAUAGCUCUAGAAGUGAGCUCAUGAAGGCAAGGAAAUAAUUUAUACAAACUUACAUGUAGGACCUCCUAGUCUCAAGUACAGAUAGGACAUUACAUCAUUAUGUUCAUAAAACUUUAGAUUUUUCAAGUUACAGUAAUGUUAAGGAUACAGUGUACACCAGCCAUUAAUAUCAUUUUUGCAUUUCAGAUGCCUGAUGAGAGAAAUUAUCACAUUUUCUAUCGCAUGCUUUCUGGAAUGUCACCUAAUGAGAGAGAGUUACUGAACCUGACAGAUGCUUCAGACUACUACUAUUUAACACAAGGCAACUGUAUCUCUUGUGAAGGAAUGGAUGAUUCAGAAGAAUUUGCUAUAAUCAAAGGGGCAAUGAAGGUAAGCAUAACUUCUACCUCAAGGUACAUGCAUAGUACCUAGAAAUUUAAACUUGAAAUCAUCUUCAGCCAAAAGAAAGUUAAUUUUUCUGUUUUUGCAAUGAUGUCUAGGUAUUAAUGUUCAGUCAAGAUGAUAGCUGGAACAUUUUCAAAUUGCUGGCUGCCAUUCUUCACAUUGGAAACCUAGAAUUUGAAGGUACUUCCACAUUUAAAAGUAAUGUGACAUUUAUUGUUAGUUAUAUUUGUUAGGUUGCUACUGAAUGAGAGGCUUGUGUGCACUGACUCUCUGCUCUCCAGAGUUAAUAGGCUCAAAAGUAACAAGUUGGUCAUCUUAAACACACACAAAAGUCAAUAAAAUGUUUUUGUUUGAUGCACUAAUUAAAAUUAAGAAACAAUUGCCAUAUGUGUUUCUUUUUCUUUCUUUUUGUUUCUUUUUUACACCCAAUAGCCACCAUUCGAAGUACCGUUGAUGCAUGUGACAUCACUGAUCAUGAGCUGGGAAAAGUUGUUGCAGGUCUUCUAGAGGUGUGAGGAAAGAGUAUAGGACAGUGUUGCAUGUGUAGAAUGGGUAUGGAGAUAGAUUCAAGGGUGCACUCUUGUUGUGUUGAUAGAGAUGGCUGAGUCAGAUUAUAACAGGAAUAGGUUUGGGUGUUUACAAUGUUGGGAUAAAGUUGAUUGUGUACAAUGAGUACAGGGCCAUUGUUGAGUUUGAAGAGUAGGUGUAGGAAAGAGAUAAUAGUAUACCUUGGGUUUGAAGGAAGAGUUAUUUUACAGGCACUGAGAAAGAGUUGAGUAUACCUACAGGGUAUAUAUUCAUUUCUAUAGAAGUGUUCAACUCUAAGACAUGCUGCUCAAGGGUUUGCAUAACUUUCUAGAAUUCUUCCAACCCCUUGAAUUUUUAAUUAUAGUACAUACUAGCUUAGUAAACAUGGGAAAAGUCAUCUGUUGUAUUUUGGAAAAAUUAAAUUUUGCAUGUAUCUGCAUAUUCUUGUCUAAAUGCACUUAUUGACUAACAAGAGUAUGCGUAGUAUUCUAGGAAUUCACUAAUAGUGGUUACUGGUUAUCUAUCUCAGGUGUCAUAUGAGAAUCUUAUUGAAGCAUUUACCAGCCGAUCAACAUUUGCAAGAGGUGAAAUGAUCUUUUCUCCAGUCAGUGCUGUAAAAGCUGUAGAUAUUAGAGAUGCCUUUGUCAAGGGAAUUUAUGGACGAAUCUUUGUGUGGAUUGUUAACAAAAUAAAUGCAGCCAUUUUCACAGACAAGGUGAGUUACCAAAGUUAAUGGAAGCUAAGUUGGUGACAUUUUGCUCUUUUGAUGUUUAUGGCAUGUAAUUAAUUGCAAUUACUUGAAGUGUAAUCUGAAUUUUUAGACAUAAGAAACAUCAGCACCCAGUGACUAGUUAAUACUACUGGAAGGAAAUAAUGAUAUUCUGUAUCUAUUCCUCUGAUAGCUUGACCGAUCAGCAUUCCGAUCAUCUAUUGGAGUUCUUGAUAUAUUUGGAUUUGAAAACUUUAAUUCUAAUAGGUAAGUCAAGUUUGCAUUUAGCCUGAGCACAUAAAGGCUGCUGUAGUAGAAGUUCUUGUACGUGAUAUUCUCUUUACCCCUCUAUACCAUUCUCUUUUGCUUACCCUCUCUCUGCCCCUUAUUUCACCCUCUUUUUCCUUCUUUAAACCUUCCUCCCUCCCUCCUUUCUGACUUAUCUUCCCCUUCUCUCAACUCCACCUUUCUUAACACUUCUACCUGGCCCUUUCCAUUUCCUUUCAUAUAUUCCCCCUCUGCUCUGCACUUUCCCCUUCCAUUCCCUCCCUUUCCUCUUUCCACUAUCCUCUUUCUCUUCCUCCAACCAUCCCUUUCUUACCCCUCUCCUUGUUUCUCCCUCCUUCCCCCCCCACACUCCUUUCAUUCUCUUGUUCCUUCUUUACCAACUCUCUUUUUUCCCCAUCUUUCCCACUUUUUCUACCUUCCUCCCUUCCUUUCUCCCCUCUCUGUAAUACUUUUCUUCCUUCAGUUUCCUUAAAUACUUGUUAUAAUUAUCUUUAUGUCUGUUUUUUUUUUCCUUUAGCUUUGAACAGCUGUGCAUCAAUUAUGCCAAUGAAAAUCUUCAACAGUUCUUUGUUCAACACAUUUUUAAACUGGAACAGGCAAGUGAAAUAUUAAGAAACAUUUCGUGGAACAAGUCAGCUAGGAAAAGAUGAAUUGGAAGUGAAAUUCCUCGCAAGAAGACAACGUGGGAUAAUAUAAGAAACAAAUGUAAUUGCGGUCAGGCCUGAGAAAAAAAUUUAUUUUGAGCGAACAAACAUUUGCCUCAUACUCUUUUCUAGUCAACGGUUCACAAUUUGCUUAUUCACCGUGAUCUGAAUCUUGCUCAAAUGAACGUGAGUUAUAAGUUUGACAGAUCGAAUAAAUUCAACAUCAAAUCCACUGUUGAACUUGAGAUUUUUUUUUAUAAAAACCCAACGUAUUGGGUUUUUUAAUGAACGUUUGGAUGCAAGUUUAUUUCGAGGGAGUCUUUUACUUGUCAAGAUAAGCUCGUUAGGUUACUUUACCCAUAAAGAAUGAUGACUCGUGAUCAGUGUUAAGCUCAUUCUUGGAUCUGUCCCUCUGCAUUUGGCUGAUGAGUAGGUCAAUGUGAUCUCAAACACCAUCAUUGGCGAUUUAUAUACAUGUACCUUUAACACGUAUUAUUCUGUUUUUAUGUUAACUUUUCCCAUGCCAAUAAUACCGCACAGUUUGUCCAGUCAUACCUCACGGGAAGUAUGACUGAACUAAAAGUCAAAAGAUGCUAUUUUAUUAUUUUAAACUCAUGGCCGUCGAGUGUUUCGUUUCUUCGGUUCGUAGACUCCAGGUGACUGAAUUUAGUAGUCAUUUUCAUAUGAUGGUCUCUGUAGGUGAAUCAGUAACCAGGCUAAAUGAUUACAUCUCAGUUUUUAUUAUUUUCAGGAAGAAUACAACAAAGAGGACAUAAAAUGGCAACAUAUUUCGUUUGUCGAUAAUCAGAGCGUUCUUGAUUUACUGGCACAAAAACCCAUGAACAUCAUUGCUCUGGUGGAUGAAGAGAGUAGAUUUCCAAAGGUAGCUUGUGGAAUCUUGCAGAAUUUAAUCCAUGUCUAUCGAAUCGAUCUUAUGAGCAUUGGCAUUUCACUGGAUUUCUCAUUGCCAGAUUUCAAAAUGGAUAAAGAUGAGAUGACGGAUUAUAUGACAACUUGCAUUUAUAACUUUCGUUGUCUGUACGAAGUAACCUGUGGAGCUUUCUCCUUUAUUUCUCAGGGUUCAGAUGCCACGAUGUUACAGAAAAUAAAUACUCAUCACAAGCGAUCCAAACUGUUUCUUCCCCCGGUCAAUUCAACUUCUUCCUUGUUUGGUAUUCGUCAUUUUGCGGGAACUGUUUACUACAGCUCAAAAGGUAAGAACCUUAUCACUGCUAAGAAGCCAGUAUCAAUAGAUUCAGACGGAUCACUUAGAGUGUCUUUGGGAGGCAAUCAGGUAGUGUAUUCAAACAAACGAAAAAUGAUCAUUACAAGAGUUUAAGGCCUUGUUAAUGUUUGUUGGUGAAUUGCCUAAAACUUUAUUUUCAAUGUCAGGUUUUCUGGACAAGAAUCGCGACACUUUCAGUGCUGAUCUUGUUGAUUUGGUGGGAGAAAGCAAGUUUCCAUUCUUACUUGGACUCUUUUCUAAAGAGAGAGCCAUGGUUUGUACUCUUUGUUAUUGUUUCAUCAGUUUACUUUUGCUAGAUAACUAUCUUAGUUGUGGUUCAUUGAUUCGCUGUGUGUUUCUUGUGUAGACUUCGCCAGUGUAAUCAUAAACCCAAACUUUUUUAGGGUGAAGAUACGAGGAAACGUUCGCCAACUCUUGGAGCUCAGUUCAAGAAGUCUCUUGAUCUACUGAUGAGAACCUUAUCAUCUUGUCAUCCUUUCUUUGUGCGCUGCAUCAAACCAAAUGACCACAAGAAACCAAUGGUGAGCACUCAUGCGUCACGUGACCUACAGGUUGACCGUGUAACAGCUUUUCUAUAUAUUUUUUUAAGUGGUCAGCCAUACGAAAAAAAACUUGGCUGUCAAAGGUUAGGAUUUAUUUCAGAUCAAGACAGGUAUUUUACUCCUUUGUCUAAUCAAAGUAACCAACGUUUCAAAGAAGAGUAUAGCUGAUGAAAACGCUGUCCGCCAGUGUUUGAGAAGAACGUUGCUGUUGGAUAAAUCCUCUCACGGUUUACUUUUCUUCUUUCAGAGAUUUGAUCGGGGUCUUUGUUGCCGGCAGUUACGCUAUUCUGGUAUGAUGGAGACCAUAAGGUAAGAUGUUGGAGAUUCCACAGUUUUCACUUGAUGUUCAAGCAAACAACCACUUUUUGUCAUCUUGUUAAUAUGUAGUUUGAAUUAAGAAUGAUGUUUUUGGGAUCCAAGACUCUUGGUACCUUCCACUCAGCGAGUUUGCUCAAGCUAGUUUCCCCUUAAAAUCCCAACAAUCUUAUUGAUUUAUUGAACGGUCAUCAAAGUAGUUGGGAACAGAAUUUGCCAAAGAAAGGCUUCAUGUACAUGUAGUUUUGUGGGUCAAAUUGGUGUAUGGGGAAAGCUCCUCUCACCUAAGAGCAUUCUUGUCUGGGUGUGAAAUUAAGCUUUUCCUUUUUUAUUUUUGUUUAUCUCAUAUUUUACAUAUUUAUUUCUUCUAUACCCUAGAAUACGGAAAGCUGGUUAUCCCAUUCGGCACACGUUUAAGGAGUUCAUUGACCGUUACCACAUGCUGAGUGAAGGCCUGACUAGGGACGCAUUGGAUUUUCAGGGUCUCAAAAACGCUGCUGUCACAAUCGCCAAGCGGCUUCUUGGAAAUACUGACUGGCAGGUUGGAAAAACUAAGAUUUUUCUAAAGGUAAGUUACUUGCAGUUACAGUUUAGCUGUUCACUGAUCACACACUUCAUUAAAAUGUCUGAGAAAAGUGCGUGAAAGUUGCGUUUCUGAGGAACAAGCUUUAAAUUAGAGCCCAGCGUUUUUAAGGAGUCGUUGUUCAACGUGAGCCGCUGAUGUUCUCACGUGGUGUCCGUAAUAGCGAGGUGUCCGUAGGGCGAGAGUAGACUGUACUUGUUAAUUGAAAGAACAAAAUAGUGUAAAGAUCACAUAAGAAAAAAAACCAGGAGCUUCAUGUGUAUGCGUAAGUAGAAGACUCCAAUACUUCGUCCAGUUUUAAGACAUGCAAUAAAUUGGCUUAAUAUUCCAUGACUAUGUCCUGCGUUUAAGAAAUGAUUUAGUUUUAUCAACAACGGUAUUUUUUGCGUUAAUGGAGGCUCUCUUUCGUUUCAACACAUGACAAUGAAUGAAAAAUCUCUGAUUGAUAGGACAUGCAAGACGUUCAGCUGGAAGAUGAGCGGGAUAAACUUCUUACCAAGCGCGCCAUUUUGAUUCAGAGAGUUGUACGUGGGUUUUUGAUCCGUCAACGGUAUACCAAGAUGAAAACUGGCUCAAUUCUUAUUCAGAAGACAUGGAGAGGCUUCCAAGAAAGACAAAGAUACGCCAUGGUCAGUUAUUAUUAUUGUUAGUAACACCAUGCCAAAGUUGUGUGUGGAGUAGUGUUGGUGGGUAUGUUCUCCAGCCUUAGAAUUGACUAUUAAAGUAGUGUAAUGCUUAGUGCGACUCAAAAAACCAAUAGUCCGGGUUCGAACCCUGCCUGAAGUUACUGUGUCGUGUCCUUGGCCGAGGCAAUGAUUUUUCACAGUGUCUCUCUCGACCCAGGGUUAUAGUUGGAUCUCGCUAAACUGUCAUGGAAACUGGACAAAAUGUUGGGAGGUAACUCCUCAUCAAAAAGGAAGGUAAAUAAUACUGCCUCAUGCCAUGAGGCUUUCGGCAGUGAUGGUCAGGCUUUACCUUUUAAACUAAAUGCUGUACUUUCUUUUUAGAUCCGAAGUGGUCUGGCUAGACUUCAGGCUACGUACAGAGCUCGUGUUUUAGCCACAAAGUAUAGAACAUUGCGUGAGAGAAUGAAAGUGUUUCAAGCAUUUUGUAGAGGAUUCCUCACUCGACAAGAGUACAAAAAUCGUCUUAGGAGUAUCGUCAAGAUACAAGCUGGGAUACGAAUGGUGCUGGCUAAAAGGCGAACUCAGGAAUUGAGAGUGGAGGUCAGAACUUAAGCAUACAUACGUCAGACUCGUAGUCAUAGGCAGUCAGUCCUUUAUUGAGCCAUCACUUUGACUCUUUCUGAUCAUCUAAGAAAACUCUUUUUCUCUAAACAGGGUAAACUUGUUCAAAAAAUGGCAGAGAAAUUCGAGCGGGGCAGACCAAGUUGAAGGGUUCAUAUUAGCACCGCGGUCUGUCUUUCUCAUAAAAGUGUAUGCUUCUGCCGCAUAGAGUUGACUGUAAAUAGAUUGAAUGAGAGCUCCUCGCAACUAUUUGUGUUUGGCUAAAUUUGAAAGAAAAAAAAAGCAGUGACAAUCAAGAAAUCUCAGUUGGAAUAAACCGUAGACGUUAAGUAAAUUGUUUUUUAUUGUUAUUUGUUAACUUUUGUAUUUGAACAGAAAAAGAAACGCGAAGAUGCGGAGAGGUUAAGGAAGCAGGAGGAAGAACGCCUAAAGAAAGCCAUGGCGGCUGAUGCGGCAGAGAAAGAAGCACAGAGACUUCAUCAGGUGCAGCUUCUUCGUUGAUGUUGUUGUUUUAUGAGCAAAAUUGAAUUUCUGGGCGAAAGAUAACAUCACUCUGACUUUUUCUCACAUCUAUGCUAAAUAGAGCAAUUUUUUUUUUCGUCUUGUCACGAGCGUGGGACAAAGAAAAAAUUCUGAGUUCCACAAGGAUCGAACUCCGACCUUCGGAUUCCGCGCUCCUAUGCUCUACCACUGAGCCACAGAGACUCUACGAUAAGCGAGGUCUAUUGCGUAGUUCAUAGGACACGCGUCCUGCAUACUGCCAGGAUCAGCAGGAUCAUAUGAACUUUGUAAUAGACCUCGCUCACCCAAGAGUCUCUGUGGCUCAGUGGUUGGAGCAUCGGAGCGCGGAAUCCGAAGGUCUCAGGCUCGAUUUCUCAUGUAGAACUGUGUUAUUAAAUUACUCAAACAUUUGACCCGUGGGGAAUACGUGUGUCCAAGAGAGUAAACAGCAUAUUUCAGGUUUAAUUUUUUUCCCCUUUUAUUUGUCGUAAUGCUACGUUAGGAACGGAUGGCCAAGAUUGAGCAAGAGGAGAAAGAAGAACACGAACGCAAAAAACGGGAAGCUGAGAAAAAGAAGCACGAAAUAGAAGUUGCAGAAGCAAUGGCGAAGAAACGGAGAGAAGAAGAUGUAGAUGACUCGAAAAUGGUAAGAAGACUGUUUAGUGUCUGGGUUAAUUGAAUGCUGGUCAAACUCAAACUUCAUGAAAGAGAUGCUAUACAUGUUCGUGAAAAUCUAUCAUGAAAAUUGACUCUUAGAUGUCCUAUUGCAAGGCGAACUAUGGAGACAGGAAAUGAAACUAAUUCUGGGCUGCAAAGCACUUUUCUUGUUUGCGAGAUCUUCUCUGUAUGUAGGUUUCUUUCUUUUAUUUUGGAUUGCAAGUUUGAAGAUUACUAGUUAGAUGAGCUUAUUUCUCUGAGAAACAGAGUAUUUCCGUUUUCCGCCGGGUUCAAAUAAUGAUCACCUUUAACUUCGACUGCUCAAAAAAAUCUGCUGCAGUCAUCUAGGCGGUUAACAGGCUCGUGACGCCCACGCACGGACAUGAACUCGUUCUUGUGAAGCUUUUUAUUUGCAGCAUUAGAAGGCAAACAUUCGCUGUGGUGAUCAUUUGAUUGAUGCGAUGAUCAUUUGAGUGCUACGACAGUCACGCGACAAAGAGAAAUUGCACUUGAAUAUCAUCACAGAUAGGGUCACGGAAUAUAAUGACCUCUUUUUCAGCGGAAAUUCUUGAUUUACGUGUUACGUUGUGAAAUUUAAUACUGUAAAGCGUACGUACUCGUGUAUUUAGAAUAGAGAAUGUUCAAGGUUCGAACGUAAACUAUUACUCACUGAAAAGUGCGAAGAUGAAUUUCUCGAGCAAACAGUGGAGCUCUGUGAAGCAAACUGAAUCACCAGAAUAUAUGGAUGUCGACGGAUUCGAAGGAUUCUUUUAUGAGACGGUAGAGAGAAGAAUUGUUGAAUUUCAAGAUUUUGUCUGUGAUCAAGACAAUGUUAAUGGAAGUGGCUUUGAAGUGGACAGGACAGCGGAGAGCAGUUCAGACUCAGAACUUUGUGGUCAAGAUGAAGAAGAGCUGUUCUUAUUAAAAGAAAUUUUAAAUUUCAAAGGAAAGGUACCGUCAUUACGCUACUGCUGCAUGAACCAUGGAGUUGAGGACAACAAAGCGCAAUCAUUUUAUUUCAUACUUAAUUCGUGACUUAAUUCGAGCUGUGUUUAUUUCGUCUGAACACGCAAUGCCUCUGUAAUGAGACAGGAAUAGUAAAAAGCAUUGCUUGGUGUAGGUUCUAAGUUUUGUUGUUUUUGUUUGUUUCCUUCUAAGGUUGAUGAAAUGUUCGGCUUCUUGCCAGAAGAGAAGACACCAAUGCCUAACUCAGCUCCCACCGCCUUCAAGGUGAUACAGCGUUCUUACGUAACCAACAGAAAUUAUUGUUUCAAUCUUUAUCUAUGCUGGUAUCCAAUUGUCUUCAAACUGUUCUAUUGUCUCUUACGGAAGACAGUUACCCACGGCUAACAGUGUAGCCAAAAGACGUAAAUGGGAUCAACAUUUAUUAGUCGUCUAGCAUUGUUUUGCGUUGAGAGAAUUUUUUUAUCGGAACAAUGUUUUUAUGCUGAAAUAAAAAAAGAGAGAAUAAUAACAGUAUGUUAACUCAAAGUUUCCUUCGCUUUGAUUCUUUUUAUCGUCAUGAUUUUCAUUUUCAGUGGUCCAUCGUAAAUUUUUCCUUUCAGGAUUUAGAACCAGCCCAAGAGGUUGAAUUUGCCACCGAAGAAAUGUCUGCUGUGCAAUCAUUACCUGAGGUGAGCACACGAUUAAAGAAAACAGCUGUUUGAAGAAUUUCUUCCACUGGCGCUCACUACCAUCAUCAUCCAGGCUCUUACUGCAUUGUGUUACUAUUAUGUUGACAAAAGUUCGCUUUGCUUUUACAGCCAGAAGAAGAUGUCUCACAAUUCAAGUUUUCUAAAUUUGCUGCCACCUACUUUCAAGGCGGAGCAACUCCUUUAUAUAUCAGAAGACCACUAAAACAGUCCCUCUUACCGCUUACCAGUGAAGCCGACAGUAUGGUAAUUCUAGCCACGUCUGACACCUUAGGAUUAAACUUUGUUUUUGACUAAACUUUUCAAUCAUAACAUGAUAACAAUGCAUAUGUAAAACCUUCUUAUAUGGAAAAUAUGGAGCCACACAUACUGACCCGACACCCAAUAUUCCUGUUAACAUCAUCAUUCACUGUAUUUUAUAUAUUUUUCAUUGGCCGAAAGUUCAACACGUGACCUGCAGAUGUACAGCCCUCAAUAAUGGUCAAUCUCUAAUACCGUUUACUCUAUUUUUUUGUGGAAAAAAAUUCUAUUCGGGUAGUUGUGCCCACACUCAUAAGUGGGAAUGACAAAUCGUUCUUUUUUGAGCUGUUAGAGAGCCACUGAGAGAUCUCUACGUUUUUCUCAGCCUCGUCUUGAUACUUGUUCUCACGCUCGCUGUUCUCGCAAUUUCAAAUCAUGCCGAGCAUUAGAAUAUUUUCUUGGCGUCUUUUUUAGUUCCUUGCACAUUUAUUUAUCUUUAGUUCGUUGCGAACUUAAGUUAAUUUUUUGUUAAUGAAGUAAUGUCUUGACAGGCGGCAUUAGCGGUAUGGAUUACGAUUUUAAGAUUCAUGGGUGACUUACCAGAGCCCAAGUACAUCACUUCACAGCCAGACGUUAAGGUAAAAUUACAUAAGGACCUUUGUAUAGGUACUAUAUCUCAUCGAAUUGUUCAGUGAACUAUACGUAUUGAUGGGUUCGAACAAUGUGUAGAAAGUCUCGACAAGUUUUUUGGGGAUUUUUUCCGACCGUCAAAGAAUUCCAGUUUUCUUAGUAAAAUGUAAGCUAGCAUUAUCAGGCAAUAGCCUGACCGUAUAGUGUAUUGUGUUUCGUAGCCUAAAAGACAUUCUAAUCACGCUUUUUUUCCACUCAUGUGUUGUUUUAUUUCGUUUAAACAGGACAGCUCCGUGAUGAGCAAGAUAUACGAUACACUCGGAAGAAAGUACAAGAACAAAGGAAUCGACGGAGUGCAAGAUUUUGGGGUGGGUCUGCUUCUCUUUUCUUAAUUGAAUUUAAAUCGUAUGAUUUUCAUUCUAACUGUUUUUUUUUUUUUGGUCGAUCUUUCAGGGAUCCAGUAAUUCACUGAGUAGAGAGAAAAGGGAGACACUUAGGAAGAAAAUUGUUUCAUUAACGUUGAAAAGGAAGUCGAAAAUUACAAAGGUGGGUAAUGUGAGUGUUAACUGUCACAAUCACCUUGGAUAUUGCUGACCUGUACCCUUUGAGGAAGUGUGCACAUGUAUGUUCGGAACAAACGAUUUUAACUUAGGUUACGUUUUUGCAAUAUGCCGAGACAGAAGCUGUGUUAGAAAGCAGAUACAACCGAAGCCCUCUGUUGAAGAUUGUUUGUUGUAUCAGUUCUAGUUUGCAGGGGAGUAUUUGAUUCUUUACUACUUUAAAUGUCUUGUCUUAAAAUUUAUUUUCUGGAAAAGUGUUGGAAAUCGUAAAGAAGUGACAAGCAACUCAAUAAGGCUCCUCUCAGUAUUUUUGUCUUGUCUGUUGGUGACGAGCUAUCAGUACUAUGCUACCCCUGAUCUUCCCCGAAAACCAUGGGAAAAUGAUACAAUACCCGUGAUUCAUUAUCAGAGCUGAGUAACUCUUUGAAUCGUUUACAAUUGUAUCGCCUUACAGGAUGUUACAGCGAAGUUGAAAGAAGCUGAGGAAAGUGGUACACUAACGGAAGGUUACGGUCCUUUGUCAGCUCAGGAUCGACCAACAUCUAAUUUAGAGAAACUUCACUUUAUCAUCGGGCAUGGCAUAUUACGACCAGACCUCAGAGAUGAAAUUUACUGUCAGAUUUGUAAACAGUUGACUCAAAAUCCUUCCAAAUCCAGUCAUGCGCGCGGAUGGAUUCUUAUGUCACUCUGCUUGGGUUGUUUUGCACCUUCAGAAAAGGUCAGCUCUCAAAUGUCUCAUGUUAUUCUGUGUGUUUUAUUGUUUCUUUCUGCAAGGGAAAAAAGGCCAUAUACACAAUCCAACAUGUUCUUACGCUCUAAGCGUAACGGAAACUAUUUGGAGAAAAGAACAGAGAGGUUUGAUUGCAGAACUCUGUAGCACUUAGCAAUGAUUUACUUCCUAAAAAGUUUUUUUUCAGUGCGAAAUACUUCAACUUUCGGGGCUGGUCAAUAGAUCCUUUUUAUUACUUAAUUUCUCCUGUCUCUGAGCACUCGAAAUGACGGUUUCGCCAAGGGUAAUGGAUUAGUAGGCCUUAUUCGAAGUAGUGUUGCAUUGAUUUGUGUUUCUUUUUUGUUUGGGGGAUAUUUCGGUGGUGGCGAUGUUCGUGGCGGUGCUAUCAGUUCGUCAAAUAUCUGAAGUGUUUUAUCGGAGAUGGUCCCCCUGGGUACGCGCCAUACUGUGAGGAGAGAUUGAGGAGGACACAGCAGAACGGAUGUAGGCACCAACCCCCCAGCUGGCUGGAGUUACAGGUGACAUUUCUCUCUUACUUACUUUCAUCUGAUUUGAGUACCGUUGAAGUCUGACUCGAUCUCUUGAUUGUAAAGUUUAAUUUAUUGGACAUAGUUUAUGGACGCAAGUUUUCUGUUAAUAUUUAGUCUGUUUAUCGUUUGAAUUGAUUUUGAUCAGGCAACUAAAUCUAAGAAGCCUUUAAUGUUACCGAUAACAUUUAUGGAUGGAACCACAAAAACCUUACUGGCAGAUUCUGCUACAACAGCUAAAGAACUUUGCACACAACUGGCUGACAAGAUAUCACUCACUGAUCAGUUUGGCUUCUCUCUUUAUAUCGCUCUCUUCGACAAGGUACGCCGUAAAAUUUUGUUUCAUAAUAACCGCUUGCUUCAGUCACCAUCAGAACUGUGGCAGUUGAUUAACCGGCGUUCAUUUGCACAGGUGUCCAGUUUGGGAAGUGGAAGCGAUCACGUAAUGGACGCCAUUUCUCAGUGUGAACAGUACGCCAAAGAAAAAGGAGCCAAGGAGAUGAAUGCACCAUGGCGUUUAUUCUUCAGGAAAGAAAUCUUCUCUCCAUGGCACGAUCCUACAGUCGAUCAAAUAGGCACAAACCUUAUUUACCAGCAGGUGGUGAGGGGUGUGAAGUUUGGAGAGUAUCGUUGUGAUAAGGUAACGUUACUGUAAUCAUUUGUCACUUAUAGAACCAUUUAAAGAUAUAUUACUUCACCCCCUCGUUUCCUUCCAACGCGUCUGAUUCAUUACAAAUCCAAAUAAAAGUAACCAUUUUUACAUUUUACAUGUUCUUUUCAAUUAGUUUGCUUUUUUUACUCUACUUAUUAUGGCACCUAUGGCCAGUCCUGCCUCUUGUGACAAGAAUUUGACAAACCUGCUGGUUGACCAGUUUGACCAGUGUGCAACUUACGCGGUGCGAGUUUAUCUUUUCACGUAAGGAAUUAUUUCAUUGUUUAUACGUUUUUUCUUCUGUCAGGAUGAAGACCUGGCAGACGUGGCUGCUAAACAAUACUAUGUGGAAUAUGGUAAGGAAAUGUUAGCUGACAGACUCAUCAACUUACUACCCUCCUACCUCCCUGAUAGUCAGCUUCAAGGGGGUAAGGUAGUGCUGGAGAAAUGGGCCCAGCUGGUAAUAAACUGCCACAAAAAGGUAUGUGUAUUAACUUGCGAUUUACAAGUCUGUCAGUCCAGUUUCUAAGCCUCUGCCGCUAGGGAAAAUAAGUUUUUAUUUUGCGCCCAAUUCAACCGAUGAUUUUGGAGUGUACUCUUACCUAGGUCAUUUGAAAGAUGGAAAAUAUUCAACAAAUGUAGUGUUUAUCUGCGCGGUUAGAGUAGAACAUUAGAAAAUGCUGAGCGCUUAUCCUGGAACUACUCGCUAUCAAAGGAAAGAUCCCAUUCUCAUUAAUGUGGUAACUGGUAGAAAUGAAAAGAAUAAGAAAUAAGUCUAUUUCUUGGAAAUUAAUUCCCCCAAUAAAACGAAAUCAGACAAUGAUACAGAGAUCAGUGACAAUAUUUCAUUAGUAGGUAAUGCUGAAAGGCUUUCUAUUUACAAUGUUCUGUUGGUUUGUCUUUGUUUUAACAGGGUUAUUACACAACAGAGAAGAUUAAUCCACAGAAAGUGAAAGAGGAUGUGGUAAACUAUGCCCGAUAUAAAUGGCCACUGCUGUUCUCCAGAUUCUACGAAGCAUACCAGUUCUCAGGCCCUAGUCUGCCAAAGAACGACGUAAUAGUGGCAGUGAAUUGGACCGGCGUUUAUGUCGUUGAUGACCAAGAGCAUGUACUUUUAGACUUGCAGUUUCCUGAGAUAACUACUGUAACAAGCCCGAGGUGAAUAAUUUAUGCCCCCUGGGAUAAAUUUCAUCUAACUAAGGGGACAAUGCUUCAGAUUCUUUAUAUUACCACCGUCACAAUGUUUAGGCGGAGUGAUUCAGAUCUUAAGGAUACUUUCUUUCACACAAGUAUGUGACUAGUGCUCCGUUUCCUGGGAUCACACGUGUGUGUCACACGUGUGUUUCACACGUGUGUUUCACACGUGUGUGUCACACGUGUGACCUGAUACCUGCAUGAUUAAGGGGACUUAGAAAAAAGGUGAAAUUUUUAAACUUUUAUAGCAAUCAUACAUUGUGAUUUCUUUCACCUCUAGAAAUUAAUACGAACGAACGGUAAUGGUUACAUAACAUUUCCUGUGAAAGGAAAUUAAGAUGUGGGAGAUGCUAUAAGGUGGGGUUACAACUACGGCAGCAAUAUCAAUAGUAAAAUCACAAAAAGACUUUGUUUUUAUUGUAUUAAUGAUGUGACGAACUCAUCUCAUUCUGAAGUGAGACUAUUUGUCUCUCUCUUUCUUUCCAUGUUGUUGUCGUUGUAUUUCUUUUAUUCAACAUGGCAAAAUCAAAGGAGACCUCUUAAUUUCGUAAUAGGGGAUAAAUUAACGAGUCGCUCCAUUGGUCCGGCUGAAAGGUACCUAGCAACGCCUAUUCUGAUUUGAGUUACAUGUAAUUGUGUGUGGUAGGACCAUGAAGUCAGAGAGCGCUAGUUUCACUCUAACCACCGUCAAAGGGGACGAGUACACGUUUACUUCAGCAAAUUCUGAUGACAUCCAAGAACUUGUUCACUUUUUCCUCGAGGGAUUACGGAAAAGGUCCAAGUAUGUGGUGGCAAUGGUUGACUAUCAGAGUCCAGGUAGGAACUAGUUGGUUUUAUUAAUAUCUUCACUGUUGUACGUUCAUGAUAACGAUUUAACUAUAAUAAGAUACUUUUGAUGAUGUACUUUUGUUAAUUGUUGUUUUAAAUACUCGAAAAAAUGACCGCCUUUUUUUGGUAAAUUUGCCCUUAGUUUCUACGGAAUUUGAGGUGAAUUCAAAUCAGUUCUUUAAGUUGUUUUUCAAUAGCCACGAACUAAAAAAAAAUAAAUGUUGAAUCAGGUAGAAUCCAUUCAAAUGGUUGUUUUAGAGAAGCGGGUUUUUUUCCUCCUCGUUACUCUACUAUUUAUUUUUUCUUUUUCAUAUUUUGUCAUUUUUCAGCUGAAAGCUCAUCGUUCCUUAGUUUCAAGAAAGGUGAUUUAAUAACUCUUGAGAGUGACACAGGAGAAACAGUCCUGAACUCCGGUUGGUGUUAUGGCAUCUGUGAAAGGACUGGUAGAAAGGGAGACUUUCCUGCUGAAUGUGUGUAUGUGCUGCCUACCAUUACUAAACCAUCAGCAGAUACAAUGGUAAGUUGUCUCACAGACGAGUAAUAUAGCAUACUUCAAGCAAUCUCUUUUUGAAAUGGCUGUCUCUUUUUAGCCUUUUAAAAGUCUAUUUCAGGAAACUGUAUAAUUUUGUUUUUUCCCAUUCUGGUGUGAAACUCAGUUAGGUAGAAAGUGAGAUGUUCAUGUUUGUAUUACAUUUGGCUUCCCAAAUGGUGUAAUGAGUCACAGUAUCUUCCUUUCACCCUUCCCUCAACACUAAAACUUAUGAAAACGCUCCAAGCAUUUGCCUGCAGUUUCCUAUUCAACGAAGUGUUUUGCGCAUUUUACUGUCACUGCAACUGGUGAAAAAUGCUGGAUGCUUUUUGGUGAAUGUGGCAACUGAAUCUCGGUUGGUUUAAUCAUCUAUCGUUCAUCGCUGCAAUGAGCGUUGGAUGAAUGUCACCCAAGUGAAAGCGCAUUGAGUCCGGCAAUUAACCUUUGCAUCUUCGUGGAGGUCGCCUGUUUAUCAAGUGUUUGCGUUGAAGCCAAAAGGAAGAAGAUUGUAAAGAUUAAGACUAUAAGAAAUCAGAAAUGGCAUGGCACUGAAAUGUGUUGGCCGAAUUUUUUUUCAUAUAAAUUAUGAACAACCAGAGGCCUUCAAGAGCAAUAGUAGAAUUAUGACAACAACUCUUGCUUGUGAUUCCAAAUUGUUGAAAAAUGCCUUUUCCCAUAUCCUGGAAGAUUCACAUCACAUUGUUUUCCUCGAUCUCCUAUCUGAAAUAUCCGAUCAGCAUAACUGAAGAACUUGCUCAAAUAAAUCAAACUAGUGCCGGAAACAAUCUCCCUCAUGAUAAUUUUAUUUAAUACUCAUACUGUUUAUUUUUUGUUUCCAUGAGUUCCUAUUGUUAAAAGAAAAGCAAUUCAAAAAAGCAUAUUUCUUACGAGGCCUUUUUUGUAGUGUAAAUUUCGACUUUUCAAAAGAUGUUGCCUUACUUGGUGUGUUUUCUCCCAUGUCGCACAUCGGAGCCUGUUUAUUCCGAGGAAAUUGAGUUCGUUGACUUUUAUAUAUUCACAGCUGAAAUUGAGUUCAUUGCUAAUCAAAUGUGUUGCUGCGAAUUGAUCUUUGCUUAACAUGCUUGUUGUGCCUCGUGCUGUUUGAUUGAGGCUUAGCUAAGAAGACAUUAAAAUGACGAACCAUAUCUACCAAUCCUGUUAAAACCACACUGAUACUUACGUUAUUACCUGCCGGUGAUUUAUUCGACGAUUUUUAUUUAUAAUUGAUAACACACAGCAGAAGCUUAACUAGAUUGGCGAUUGGCGACAAGUGUAAAUGUGCCAGUGAUGUCUUCUGUCUCAUGGGUGUGGUUAUCAUUGUAUAUGCACAGUUUUGUCUUUGAAUGUAUCAUUAUUAUCCCAUUCCAGCAAUGCUGUUCUGCUGACAUGAAGUCAUUACACAUUACGCAUUUGUUUUGCAAAAUCUUGAAAAGCGAAAGUUAUUUAAAAGAAUCUAAGGAACAUUUCUCAAGUACCUCUCUAAUGAAGUCCAAAAAAGUGAAUGUAGCAAUUCUUGCUGGAUUUCCAUGUUCGCAUAGGAAGUUUAUUUUGCAUUAUAAACCCAACGUAAGUUCACUUCAAAUAUUUGACAUCGUUAUUGUUACUAUUUUCGGUGUUAGAUGGUUCACUGGUCAUCAAAGGUUCUACCCGUGGAUUGCAUUUUAAAUAAAUACAAAGUAGAUUUUAUUGUUGGCUCUUUUCACUGUUUUAACAGAGCUUAUUCAAUGAUCAGUCUUUGGAAAGUUCUGAGAAAAUCAUCGCCACAACUCAGACAGCCAUCUACCAAGAGGAGGUUGAAUCUUUUGAGAAGCCACACACUUUGUAUGAAUAUUCCAUCGAACACUUUCUACCGCCAGCCAAGAGAACUCUGAGUAAAGCUCUUCAAUCGCAGGUCAAAAGGAGAGACAAGAAUAUACCUUGGGCUUUUACCAAGGUAAAGGUUGUAAUCAAUACAGCUUGAUUUUUGAACAGCUGUUACUACUGAUAUACGUGUAAUAACAUUUUAUACUUGGCAAUGAUUUACUUUUGAUUGUCUUUUCCUUAUGCUUUGCUGUUGGGCGCGUUUGUUUUGUACUUAAAGAUUGAUUUAUGUUCAGAUUUAUAAUUGGAAAGUCGUCAUCGAUGUUUAACAGAAAAUCUCGACUCCUCGAGCAACCAUUUUACAUAGUGUGUCGUUUUUCAGGUAAUAUCAACAAAAGAGUCACGAGUCAGCUGUCGAACAUGCACGAAAUAGUUGGCAUAGAUAUAACACAUAACUUUUUACCAUGUAAAUGAAAUGUUGAAGGAUUCUGUGAAACGAAAAACACAGCAGAGAUCAUUUGUUGUUUACAGGACCCCAUCAAGCAGCCACUGCUGAAAAGACUAGCAGGCCAGGAAGAACUCGCCCAGAAGGCCACGCAAACUUUCCUGGAUAUCCUUGCUAUAAUAUUUGUUACAACUUGGAGAGUACUUUUAUAUCUUCGUUACUUUUGACCUCACAGGAUUCUUUGAAUGAUUUGAAAACCUUACAUCCGUGCUUUUAUUUUUAACCAGUAAUGUAAACAAGAAAUUCAAACAGAGGUCACUGAUUUAACCUGUGUCAAUUGUAGUUUUCUCGCUUUUUCCCACCAACUAUUAUGAAAUAGACUGAUUGAGAUUUUAAAUAACGGUUCCUUGACUUAUCUGACCCAUCAUGAAGUACAUGGGUGAUUACCCAUCCAAGCGGGUUCGUCAAACAACAGAUCUCACAGACGCCAUUUUUGAACCAGCUCUGCUUCAUGUAAGCAACGUUUCAGAUUGUAAUGUAUUAAGUGUAGUUGAUUCAUUUCCAUUGCUAUGGAAACCCGAUCAUGUUUCUGACCUUUGACCGGUUCUUUUCAUAAGGAACCUCUGAGAGACGAAGUUUACUGCCAGUUGAUAAAGCAGAUAACAGAAAACAGACUUCCGUAAGUAUAUCGGAACAGAUGUUUCUAUAUGUUCCCAUCUAAGAUCUUGUUGGAGGAAUGUUUCGACAGGGCUGGAGUGAUCUACACAAACUCUUAGUACAUCAGUAAAAUUUGUCUGGUAGACGCCUUGCUAUCUAUUUAUCUAUUUAUCAAUAUCUAUUUAACGUAAAUAAAUGUUACUUAGAAAGCGAAUGGAAAUCCCUAUGAAAAAAAGGGAUCGUCUAGUGGAGUUAUAUUUUUAUCCAUCCAUUUAUGUAGAGGAGAGUAAAAUGCAUUCCUUUACACCAAGGAAUCAAUUGCUUUCGUUGCAUUUACGUGAAAUCGUUGGUUGGUUGAAAUGUUAAUAUGGAAAGAGAAGUAUGGUAAAUGUAUAGUUACCUUUUACAGCUCAAGUGAGGAGAAAGGAUGGGAAUUGUUGUGGCUUUGUACGGGAAUCUUUGCCUGCAGGUGGGUAAAGCCAUUGUGUAUGAAACCAGUCCAUUGUACAGUGCAACGGUUUAAAAUUGUAUCCAAGCUGUAUUUUUUCGCGCUUUUCAGUUCCUUGCUGAUGAGGGAAGUGAACCAAGUGUUCCGGUCGUGUUCCAGUAAACAGCCAUUAGCUCAUGACUGCCUUUCCAGACUACAGAAGACUAUCAGAGUCGGGCAGCGCAAAUAUCCUCCACACAUAGUGGAGGUGGAGGCCAUACAGGUGUGACACUCUGAACAUGUCCGAGACGUUUGUACACUACAUGCAUUAUGUCAUUAUAUGUAUUAUGUUUGUAUGUGUAUUAUAUGUUAUGUUUUGUUAUGUAUUAUAUUUGUACAAAUUUUUGUACAUGUAUUUAUGGUGCUUAAAGGACACCAAGCAAACAUCAAAUCUUAGGAAGAGAAAUCUAUGGGUGUUCAAGGCAACCUGGCCAUAUACUGCUGAAAUCGUCGCUGUAAAAUGUAACAAUUAUGAAAAGGAUGAACUAAAGGAUGUAUCAUUUAGUUAAAACACAGCUCAUUUGCAUCCUCAUAACUUCUGUUUUUGUUUUUCCCUUAGCACAAGACCACUCAGAUAUUCCAUAAAGUGUAUUUUCCCGAUGACAGUGAUCAGGUUCAAAUAUCUUUGUCUAUCGUAUUGUUCGCGAGUAUGAAAAAUCACCUCGAUUUGUAAACGUUGCUUAAUUUUUAGGUAACAGACCUCUCUCAAUUUAACAGCCUGCUGGGAUUCGCAGCAUCUUGGUAUCAGUACCAUGUGAGGUGGAUAUCGACUAAGUCAAAAUUCAUGGCCACCUUUCCUUUCUUCAUAUCAGUUUAACGCGAGUUUCUUUUGGACAGAUGUUUUCAAUUGUUUUUCUUGAUCAUUCGCCUAACUAUCGUUAUUUUAAAAGCCCUAUCUGAGAUUUUUUGUAAAACAAUUUUAUGUCUUAAGUAUUGAGAAACAGACGUCUUUUCUAUUUAUUGUGCAACUGAGCCAUCGGUAGAACUGAGUCAGUUUUCUUUGGCUUAAUUUACGAUUUGGCUUUGUGAUCAUUGAUGUAUUGUUAUUUCACUGCAGGCCUUUGAAGUUGAUUCCAGCACACGCGCCAAAGAAUUUUGUGCUGUUGUUGCGCAGCGCCUGGGACUGAAGUCUUCUGAAGGAUUCAGUUUGUUUGUUAAGAUCACUGAUAAAGGUAUUAUGGCGAUAAGAUGGCUGAUGACACAUUCCAUUUUAUGUCUUGGAACGAAAAAUAAAUUUUCAUGGAAAAGAAAUGAAUGUGAUAGCAACAUAUGGAAAAUGUUGAUCACUACUCGGUGUGGGAAGAACCCACCCUCCAACGUAUGAAGAUGACAUUGCUGUAUUAAGUCGCCUUCUUUCUUCCACUUCAUGGCGACCAUUCAAGGUAUUUUCGUGCUUACAACUCUAUUGUCUGUUUACAGUGAUCAGUGUUCCUGAGGGAGACUUCUUCUUCGAUUUCGUGAGACAUUUAACAGAGUGGCUCAAGAAAGCCAGACCUACCCGUGAUGGUAAGUUGACUCUCCUCAGAACUUACUAGUUUUAAAACCUUACUUUGCAAGGGAUGUGUGAUGCUCCACAAUUCUUUAGAUAGUCUCAAUUUUAUUAUUUUGACUUCAUAAAUAAUGAGCUUGAUGCUUACUUCUUUACCAUAAUGUUAUUGAAAAGCCUUAUUGCCAAAUUAUUUUAUUCCAAGUGUGGUUAUUUAAACAGAUAGCAGAGGGCAUCCUUAAAUCAAUGUCAACAAUUCUGAAAGUUAUUUCCAGUCAGCAUAUUGCACACAUAAGUACUUCAGUAGGAAAUAUUUGAUUUAGGUGUACAUAUUAUCAUGUAAUAGAAUGAAACAGUUUUAUGAGCCUAUAGUAGAAAAUGCCUUGUAAUGCUUGGAUAAAAUUCAUUCAAUUUAAGUAACAGAUCAAUUGAUUUAUUUUCCCCCACUAUUUCUGUCAUUUGAAGAAGUCAAAGGGAAUUUUUUCAUCUCCAGGUCAACUGCCGAAUUUAACUUAUCAAGUAUUCUUCAUGAAAAAAUUAUGGUCGACAACUGUGGUUGGAAAGGACGUUGCCGCUGACACGAUCUUUCAUUAUCAUCAGGUACAGUAGUUACUCUCUUUCAUGUCCUCUAAUUCAACAGUGUGUGCGUGUAAUCGCAGUCAAGUGUCCGCCAGACUAAACUCGUUUAAUAAGAGUAUUUUACGAUGUUUAUUUCAAUAUGGAAUCAAUUGCCUGUCUACGUCGUAACUGCACAUCAUGAAUCAAGUUAAAAUAACAGAUUGUACCUGCUAUUACAUACUUGUAACGAAGACAUACUUUAAGUGUUUGUAUUUUUCAACAUUCUGUUUGUAUCACUGUAACUAAUUCAUGAAAAUUGAAACUUGUGUUACCAGGAGUUACCAAAGUACUUACGAGGUUAUCAUAAAUGUACAAAAGAAGAGGGAAGCCAACUUGCAGCGCUUAUCUACAGAGUUCGAUUUGGCGAGGACAAACGAGAAUUCCCCAGCAUACCGUAAGAGACAAAUCUAUUUUUCCUUUGUAGUUAUCUGUUUGAUGAAUGUUAUACAGAUAUCACUAAAAUAGGUUAGUUUUUACAAGUAUUAUAUUUGCUCUUUUGAUUUGUCUCCCAACUUGUUAUUUCUUUACAAUGCCUUCGCAAAGAUUGCACUGCCAUAAUAAUAAUAAUAAUAAUAAUAAUAAUAAUAAUAAUAGUAAUUAUAGAGUAAUAAUGUUUUUCGAUACACAGGAAAAUGUUACGUGAGUUGAUUCCGUCUGACCUGUGCGCUGAACAGUCCCCGGAUGACUGGAAGAGGGUUCGUAGUUUUCGUUCCUGUUGAGUUUUUAAUGUGGCUCUUUUUUAAGUAACACUAUCUGUUUACUAUUUGAUUUGUGACUUUGAUUAUAACGUUGUCUUUCAUUAAAUUUGUUCCAGGCCAUAGUUGCAUCAUUCAAUAAACAUGCUGGCAAGUCAAAGAAUGAUGCUAAAAUAUCGUUCUUGAAGAUCAUUUACAGAUGGCCAACAUUCGGAUCAGCUUUCUUUGAAGUGAAGGUGAUUGAAUUUUAAAUCAUGCAAGUAUACCGAGAAAAGUUUAUUCCAUAGCUCGUUGUUAAGGUCGCAAGACACAAUACACCAGUUGUUGAGUACUGUAUGAGAACAAAGCUGUUCCAGCUGAAAUGAAAGUGAAUUACAGCAAGAGUAAAGAUGUGCUGAACUGUAAAAUUCAAUGGCAGCUCAGUAGUUGUACUUCCAUGUAAUGCUCGGUGCAGGGAUGACAAGGUAAAAAUCAAAGUUAUAGCUCAUGUUUUGUGUUCUACAGAAAGAAAGUAGACGGUUAAAAAAUUAAACCUUUUUUUGUCCUCCAGCAAACUACGGAGCCAAACUUCCCAGAUCAUUUGUUGAUUGCUAUAAACAAAAAUGGUGUGAAUCUCAUUAAUCCACGAACUAAGGUAUGCCAAGAAAGUAUAAGGAACUUCAUGUUCGUACUAAUUUUAUUCCUCGAAAUGAGGAUUAGUUAAGUGUAUUUCAUUGUUAUUGAUAAUUUUCCCAAAUUAUUUAUGCUUAUUCAGCAUUUAUUUUGAAAAUUCAAUGUGAUGAAAUCAUUAUGAAAUGAGAUCGUUCAUGAAAGUUUUUUCGUCCAGUUGGUGCAGAAAAACAAGGCCAUCACCAACGAUUGGCUCUCUUUCCUUUGCCAUAGCGUAUGCAUGUGGCUUGUGGAUGAUAUCGUUCAUCUUCGCUUCGAAGGUGGAAUGAUCAUAUUGUCUUAAGAUUGAUUCCUUGCUGUUCCCAAGUGUCUCUUUGUCCGCUCGAGUCUCCCGCAAGUUUACAUUGGCAUUCUCCCUUGUCGAACGCAACCAUUAUUUUCGCAAUAAGGAUAGGAUUUCAUUCUUUCUCAUAAAUAGCGUUGGCAUGCACUGUUGAAAUAUCAGAAUGGUGAAAAGAGAAAUUUUGUUUGCCCCGUUCAACAGCAGCUUUGUCGUCUAAUUUAGUGUGAUAUUUGUUUCGUAGGAUAUCCUCGCCACCUAUCCGUUCACCAAAAUUUCAAACUGGAGCAGUGGCAACACGUAUUUUCAUAUGACGAUUGGUAGUCUGGUAAAAGGAAGCAGGCUUCUAUGUGAAACAUCAUUGGUAAGA